AACCGGUGGAUGCUGCAGGAGAAAAAGCGGUCCGCUUGAAGAAAAACGCGCGCGCGGUCAAAUUCCGUACCGUUGUGGAUCGUUUAUAGUGAGAUUGCUUUUAUUUCAUUAUAUAAUUUGUGUUAUGGUGUCAUAAAAAAAAACUUCUUUUAUUUAACGAGGUAGACUAAUUCGUAAACGAGUAUUAUUUUCUGAGAUGCGAUCAAACUAGUGAUUACAAAGUUUUUAUUCCUAAUAAAAUUUCGAGUGAUAUAGCAUCGGCUUGGUUCAACGCAAGGAAACGGUCGGAAAUACAAACACGUGAACCGGUGUACCUGGAUGUUACAAAUUAAGCGAACGCCGCGGCGUAUCCGUUGAUCUUGCGGACGUGCAGAUCAGGCAAAGGCAGGUUUUUAAUUGGACGUUAAACAACGAACGAAAGUUCAAACGGUGUUCCCGGUCGGUUGGCGUUCUAAGAUGAACAUCAACUGCUGACACACAUCGUCUGUACGGGGCGUUGAGACUUGCUAUGACAUAGAACUGUCUCUGACGACGACGACGACGACGACUACAACGACGACAGCAGUGAGAGAUACGGCGCGAAAGAUCGACAACAGGUGAUGUCAACGUCAGAAGACCGGCACAGUAAUUUAAUUAAAUCCCAGUACGACGCUAUCACGUCGGGCUCGGCGAUUGAACUGCUGACGGUUGCGGCCACGGAACGCCAUGGUCUUUGCGAGGCAGUGGAGCAAGAUGGUAGUGCGAACGAAAAUAGCCAUCACAUUAGCGGCGGAACGCGGAACGAAGACCAGAGUAAAACUGUAAACGCGCGACGACGGUGGAAGUUGUUGGCCAAGGCACUGCGGCACGACUCUAGUGAGGAUGAUCAGUUUGCGAAGUUUAACUUGAUCGAGUUUGAUCGAGCAUACGACGAGAAGGAUGAAAAUAUAUUCGUCUACAGGUUGGCCGAUCGGUACCGGUUGAAGAUUCGGCUGAUCGGUGAACGACCUUGGACAGCAUCGGAGCUGAUUGGAUUCAACAAUACGGGGAACAUUUGUGUGUGGCCUUCCGAAGAGGCCUUGGCCUACUACAUUCUGUCACGAUUGAAUAUUUUUGAAAACACUAAUGUUCUGGAGUUGGGUGGUGGAAUGACCUGUCUCGCAGGGCUUGUCUUGGCCAAAUAUGGCAAUCCGUCUUUUGUCCACGUUACUGAUGGAAACGAUCUAUCGGUCGAGAAUGUUAGAAAAUCGCUGAACAUGAACAAGUUCAAUAGCACAAUUAAAACCUCCGUCCUGAAAUGGGAAUCGGUUUGCCUCGAUCAAUACGCUAAAUAUUCCGAUCGUGCCCGGUACCAGUUCAUCCUUUCGGCGGACUGUCUCUUCUUCGACGAGUCUCGUUCGCACCUAAUCGAUGCCAUCUGGUUGUUUCUGGCAGAUGAAGGAGUGGCUCUCAUAACGGCUCCCCGCCGGGGUCACACCCUAACACACUUUCUCGACGAAUGCGUCGCCCGCGGCUUCUACUACGAUCUGCUGCACUGCUACAACGAGGCAAUCUGGGACAAACAUCUGGAGCUGAUCAAAACCGACGGGUACGAUGAAAACAUCCACUAUCCGUUGUUGAUAAAAAUGUACAAAAAAGAUUACGAUUUACGGCAUAUCUGAUUGC